CUGUUCAUGCCAAGCUUUUUCCUCCCCUGCGCAAAAAAGAAAGAACGAAAGCGAAAAAUAAAAUAAAUUGCUUGAACGCCGCGACGGCUCGAGGCCAGCUGGCAGACUCCUUUAUCCCCGGCAAGCAGAUGAUGCAGCGACGGUGACAGCGACAAGUGCCAGAUUUACCCCAUCAAUAAGUUACUACAAUGGUUGUAGAGGCUCCUCCCUGCCCCCAGAGCGGCAACGGCUUUGCGAAUGGCUCCGCGAAGCCCAAGGUAUACCGCGACGAAGCCGAGCGGCGACGAUACGAACACCACGAAGCGGACGUCGUGAUAAUUGGCGCUGGCAUUGCUGGAUGUACGCUGGCUGUUGCGUUGGGGAACCAGGGACGGAGCGUUAUCUUGCUUGAGAGGUCGUUGAAGGAGCCUGAUCGGAUAGUGGGAGAGCUGCUUCAACCUGGCGGGGUGAGAGCUCUUGAACAACUCGGCCUGAGAGAUUGCCUGGAGGGAAUAGAUGCCGUGAGGACAUAUGGAUACGAUGUGAUAUAUUUUGGCAAUGGUGUGAAGAUACCUUUCCCUAGCGACGCCAACGAUAAGAUCCUGGAAGGCAGGUGCUUCCACCACGGCCGCUUUAUCAUGCGCCUUCGAGAGGCCGCGGCCGCGAACCCGAACGUCACCAUUGUCGAGACCAAGGCCGUUUCUACCAUAAAAUCCACGCAUACAGGGGAGGUCCUUGGAGUCCAGUGCCAGACUGAUGGCAAACAAGACUUUUAUUUUGGGCCCCUGACCGUUGUCGCGGAUGGUUAUGCCUCUACGUUCCGAAAGGAAUAUCUCCCCAUACAACCAGUCGCCAAAUCGAAAUUCUGGGGCCUGGAGCUUAUAGAUGCGAAAUUACCCAUACCGGGCCACGGCCAUGUUGUCCUGGGUGAUUUCCCGCCCAUAUUGAUAUACCAGAUUGGAGAGCAUGAGACUCGAAUCCUAAUUGAUAUACCAGACAACCUGCCUUCGGCGUCAGUUGCCAACGGAGGUGUAAAGGGUCACAUGCGGAAUGUCGUCCUUCCUUCUUUGCCAGAGUGUAUUCGGCCCUCAUUUGAAGCUGCGUUGGAGAAGGGAGGGUUUCGGUCAAUGCCAAAUUCCUUCCUCAGACCCGUCACGAAUAGGAUCCCCGGAUUGAUGUUCCUAGGUGAUUCCCUGAACAUGCGUCACCCGUUGACUGGUGGCGGUAUGACCGUGGCAUUUAAUGAUGUCGUUCUCCUCCGGGAUCUGCUUAGUCCGGAGGCCGUACCUGAUUUAAGUGAUACCAAACUUGUUUUAAAACAGCUGUCCAAAUUCCACUGGCAACGGAAGUCGUUGAUUUCUGUCAUCAAUAUUCUUGCUCAGGCCUUAUACUCUAUAUUCGCCGCUGGUGACCCCAAUUUGAAAGUCCUGCAACGAGGCUGCUUCAGGUAUUUCCAACUUGGACUUAUAGAUGGCCCCAUCGGACUGCUGUCCGGCAUUAUUCGAUCACCCUUGGUUCUAUUACGGCAUUUUUACUCCGUAGCCUUCCUCGCUAUCUGGCUACACCUUACUAGCAAACCCAUCUACCUCCUCCCCUUGACCCUUUUCGAGUGCAUAAUCGUAUUUCUUACUGCCUGCAGGGUCAUCCUUCCUUUCAUAUUUGCCGAACUUCAAAGCUAGGCAGAUAGGCUUAUCUCUAACUCUUUUUAAUACAUUCUCUUUUAAUGACUGGGGUUGGUUGGACUCGAUGGCUGCAUUAUCUCUGCAUUUAUAUGUUUGCAUAAGUGUUACGUUGAGAUAUUGGAUUAAUUAGAUUUUCUUGUCCUGCUCUUAAAUGUUCUACCCCUUCCCUCCCCUCUCUGCUCUUUAAAAUUAUAAUAUCA